AUGGAGGCCGAGACACUUGGUGACACACUGGGCGAUGUCGACACCGAAGCACUGGUCGACACACUGGCUGACACGUUAGCAGAGGUGGAGGCCGAGAAACUUGGCGAAACACUGGGCGAUGUGGAGACUGAAACGCUGGUCGACACACUGGCUGAAACGCUGGCAGAGAUGGAGGCCGAGACACUUGGUGACACACUGGGCGAUGUCGACACCGAAGCACUGGUCGACACACUGGCUGACACGCUAGCAGAGGUGGAGGCCGAGAAACUUGGCGAAACACUGGGCGUUGUGGAGACUGAAACGCCGGUCGACACACUGGCUGAAACGCUGGCAGAGGUGGAGGCCGAAACACUUGGCGACGCACUGGGCGAAGUUGAGACCGAAGCGCUGGUCGAACCACUGGCUGACACGCUAGCAAAGGUGGAGGCCGAGAAACUUGGCAAAACACUGGGGGAUGUGGAAACUGAAACGCUGGUCGACACACUGGCUAAAACGCUGGCAGAGAUGGAGGCCGAGACACUUGGUGAUACACUGGGCGAUGUCGAGACCGAAGCACUGGUCGACACACUGGCUGACACGUUAGGAGGGGCGGAGGCCGAGAAACUUGGCGAAACACUAGGUGACGUGGAGGCUGGAACGCUCCUCGACACACUGGAUGAAACGCUGGCAGAGGUGGAGGCCGAGACACUUGGCGAACCACUGGGCGGUGUCGAGACCGAAGCACUGGUCGAACCACUGGCUGACUCACUGGUCGAUGUCGAGACCGAAGCACUGGUCGACACACUGGCUGAAACGCUAGCAGAGGUGGAGGCCGUGAAACUUGGCGAAACACUGGGCGAUGUGGGGACUGAAACGCUGGUCGACACACCGGCUGAAAGGCUGGCAGAGGUGGAAGCCGAGAAACUUGGCGAAAGACUGGGCGAUGGCGAGACCGAAGCACUGGACGAAACACUGGCCGACACGGUAGGAGAGGUGGAGGCCGAGAAACUUGGCGAAACACUGGGCGAUGUGGAGACUGAAACUCUGGUCGAGACACUGGCUGAUACGGUGGCAGAAGUCGAGGCCGAGACACUUGGCGAGACACUGGGCGAUGUCGAGACUGAAGCGCUGGUCGACACACUGGCUGAUACGGUGGCAGAGGUGGAGGCCGAGACAUUUGGCGACACACUAGGCGAAGUCGAGACCGAAGCACUGGUCGACACACUGGAUGGCACACUAGCAUAGGUGGAGGCCGAGAAACUUGGCGAAACACUGGGCGAUGUGGAGACUGAAACGCUGGUCGACACACUGGCUGAAUCGCUGGCAGAGGUGGAGGCCGAGACACUUGGCGACACACUGGGCGAAGUGGAGACUGAAGCGCUGGUCGACACACUGGCUGACACGCUGGCAGAGGUAGAGGCCGAGAAACUUGGCGACACAUUGGGCGUUGUCAAGACCGAAGCACUGGUCGACACAGUGGCUGACACGCUAGCAGAGGUGGAGGCCGAGAAACUUGGCGAAACACUGGGCGAUGUGGAGACUGAAACGCUGGUCGACACACCGGCUGAAAGGCUGGCAGAGGUGGAAGCCGAGAAACUUGGCGAAAGACUGGGCGACGACGAGACCGAAGCACUGGUCGACACACUGGCCGACACGGUAGCAGAGGUGGAGGCCGAGAAACUUGGCGAAACCCUGGGUGAUGUGGAGGCUGAAACUCUGGUCGACACACUGGCUGAUACGGUGGCAGAGGUCGAGGCCGAGACAGUGGGCGAUGUCGAGACCGAAACACUGGUCGACACACUGGCUGACACGCUAGCAGAGGUGGAGGCCGAGAAACUUGGCGAAACACUGGGCGAUGUCAAAACCGAAGAACUUGUCAACACACUGGCUGACACGCUAGCAGAGUUGGAGGCCGAGAAACUUGGCGAAACACUGGGCAAUGUGGAGACUGAAACGCUGGUCGACACACUGGCUGAAACACUGGCAGAGAUGGAGGCCAAGACACUUGGCGACACACUGGGCGAUGUCGAGACCGAAGCACUGGUCGACAAACUGGCUGACACGCUAGCAGAGGUGGAGGCCGAGAAACUUGGCGAAACACUGAGCGAUGUGGAGGCGGAAACGCUUGUGGACACACUGGCUGACACGCUGGCAGAGGUGGAGGCCGAGACACUUGGGGACACACUGGGCGAUGUCGAAACC